GUUCCACCAAGUGAGAAGAGUGAUGACCAUCCUUUUCCUUACUAUGGUUAUCUCAUACUUCAGUUGCAUGAAAGCUGCCCCGAUGAAAGAAGCUAGUGUAAGAGGACAAGGCAGCUUGGCUUACCCAGGUCUUCGGACCCAUGGGACUCUUGAGAGCCUAAAUGGGCCCCAUGCUGGCUCAAGAGGACUGACGUCGCUGGCGGACACUUUUGAACAUGUCAUAGAGGAGCUUCUAGAUGAGGACCAGGACAUCCAGCCCAGCGAGGAAAACAAGGAUGCAGACUUGUACACAUCCCGAGUCAUGCUAAGCAGUCAAGUGCCUUUGGAACCCCCACUGCUCUUUCUGCUCGAGGAGUACAAAAACUACUUGGAUGCUGCAAACAUGUCCAUGAGGGUCCGGCGCCACUCUGACCCAGCUCGCCGUGGGGAACUGAGCGUAUGUGACAGCACCAGCGAGUGGGUGACGGCGGCAGAGAAAAAGACUGCAGUGGACAUGUCCGGGGCGACUGUCACGGUCCUGGAGAAAGUCCCAGUGCCCAAAGGCCAACUGAAGCAAUACUUCUAUGAGACCAAAUGCAACCCCAAGGGGUACACAAAGGAGGGCUGCAGGGGCAUAGACAAGAGGCACUGGAACUCCCAGUGCCGAACUACCCAGUCUUACGUGAGAGCUCUCACCAUGGAUAAUAAAAAGAGAGUUGGCUGGCGCUUUAUAAGGAUAGACACUUCCUGUGUAUGUACAUUAACCAUUAAAAGGGGAAGAUAGUGGAUUUGUGUUGUAUAGAUUAUAUUGAGACAAAAUUAUCUAUUUGUAUAUAUACAUAACAGGGUAAAUUAUUCGGUAAAAAAAAUAAUUUUAUGGACUGCAUGUAUAACUGAAGUUUAUACAGUACAGUGGUUCCACAAUCUAUUUAUUGAACAUAUCCAUGACCUGAAGGGGAACAAAAGUCAUUUGCGCACAAGUUUAAAAAAAAAAAAAAAACCAAAACAAAAAAAAAGAAAAACAAGCAAACA